AUGGCAGCCGAGGUAUCCUCCGUCGACCCGAGUGCGGUCCUUGCGUCCAUCACUGAGGCGGCUCAGACCUCACUCAACUCCAAGCAGCAGUCCCACUCAACUCCAAGCAGCAGUCCAUCGAUUUCAUCGUCACUCAAGUCUGUUUCGAAGGCCGCAGCCGAUACCGCCCACACCACUGUGACUGACCACGUUUUGAAUACCGUCAACGUGACAAACAUCGUGAACGCCUCCCCGACAAUGUCUUCGCAGUCGCUGCCACCGACCCCGGCCACCAUCACUGUUACACAAACGCCGUCAUCUGUGGUAUCAUCGCUGGUUAACACCGCGGCCGUUGGAGUUGCCUCCAUCGCCGCAGCCAGCCUUAACGCUUCGAGCACUGUUUCCACCAUUACCUCCCCCACCCCCCUCCCUACUGUCGGGUCCUCCACCCAGAGCGCCCCGAAUGCGACCGACACCUGGACUUUAGCACCGCACGACUUCGUAUUUGGCUACAUUCAUGCGCACGAGGCGCACGGAAAGACCAGCGCUAACGUCAGCCACCCUAAGUACCGCUAUGCGCACUUGUGGUGGAUCAUUAUCGGCGGGUUGACUUGUGUGUACGCUAUCUGCCACCAUCUGAACUUCUCGGGGGGUUCGAUCGGAUCAUGGUGGAACAAGUGGGGGAUCCGGCGACACACGUUCCGCAUUGGAAGACUCUACAGCCACGUGCUCCCCUCGAACAACAUGCUGGUCAUUAUGUUCAUUGUGGCGUUCACUACCCUCUGCCUGGCUCUCCUGGGCCCGGAUCACCUCGCGAGCGACAUCCCUGUAUGGAACUUCGUCAAGCGGGACUCACCGGACGCUCUGCAGACACUGGUGACGUGGACGGUCGAGAAGGACUGGUGGACUGUUGGCAACCGUUUCGGCAUGAUGGUGUUCUGCUGCCUGCCGUUCCUCAUUAUUCUCGCCCUUAAGGCGCCGCCGUUCGCUAUCCUUUCUCUGCCCUUCUUCACUCACGUCCACUGGGACAAGAUUGGUACCUUCCACCGUGCUGGUGGCUGGUUCGUCUACUUCAUGGUCACGAUCCACGUGUAUACCUGGACUGUUCAGCUGUUCAAGAACACAUACCACGGUGUUCCGAUGUGGAAGGCGAUGUUGACUACGGAUCGGUUCCGCUUUGGGAUCACGGCCUACUGCAUGUGGACCCUUGCGAUGGUCACUUCCAUCAAGUGGGUCCGCAACCGCUACUACGGUCUGUUCUACUGGGUCCAUGUCAUCUGCAUGAUCGGAGGUAUCAUCUGCGCCAUGUGUCACCACUCGAUCAUCUGGUACUACGCCGGCAUCGCCCUGAUCUUCUGGGCUGGCGACAAGUUCUGCCGGUUCAUCCGUUAUAUGUACAUCAACGGAUUCCCCUCGCGGGCUGCACCGGUGCCUCACAAGGCCGACCUCGACGGAACCAUUGCUCACCUUGACUACGUCGAGAAGGCACUCAGCUUCUACAGCUCCGAGAGCUCCAGCGACGUUUCCGCUCUCCCUCCUCCAGGAACCAACCUUCUCAUUGUUCCCAGGCCCCCUCCCAUCCCGGCAGGAUACGCCCAGGCGCAGCUGCUGCCGUCGCGUACUGUGCGACUCACUAUCCGUACUGCGCGACCCAUGGUUCAUGGCCCUGGCCAGAGUGUUCUCCUGACCCUCCCGGACAUCACCCGAUGGCGCUCCCACCCCUUCACCGUCUCCAGCAACGACCCGUACGAGAUCGUCCUCAUCAUCAAGGCUCGCAACGGUACGACUCGCAAGCUCUACGACUAUGUCCGUGAGCAGUAUGAGAAGACCAUGGUGCCCGACCGCAACUCGCGCCGCAUGUCGAUCAUUCCCGAGGCGAAGCCGGUCCACAUCCGCGCUCGCAUCGAGGGACCCAUGGGCUCCGCUGGUCGCGUUGCCUGGACCGACUACACCAAUGUCCUCAUGGUUUGCGGCGGUUCCGGUGUUACGUUCGGCCUCGCCAUGAUCGACUAUCUGUCGUCAGUCAUGUCCGAGCGCGGUUUCCUGGGCAAGACAAAGAGGCUGCGUUUCGUCUGGAUCGUGCGUGAAUACGCCGAGAUCACCUGGGCCGCGUCCGCGCUGCGUCGUUUCUCCAACCGCCUUGACGAGUCGCAGCUCCAGAUCGACAUCUACGUCACUGGAGGUGCGACCAGCGCUCCCAUCAAGAACCGUACGCCUCUCAGCAGCCGCCCUGGCUCUUCGGGCCAUGGCGACGAGACCACCGUAGAGGAGCUGAGCCCUCCCUCAGCCGAUCGCUAUGUCGUUAGGAACGACAGCGCCGACAGCCUCUACUCGCAGUAUGAGGGCACCGGCACCCGUGCUCCUCAGCGUGGAUACUAUGACGGUGAGGACCCCGAGACUGGUCUCGCCUAUGACCAGGUCAUCGGCCUCACGAACUUUGAGGGUGAGGAGGACCAGGAUGACCCGAACGCGGACGAGCUGUCUCGUAAGCUCGCCGCCGAGGGACGUGUCCGUCGUGCCCGCUCGCGCAAGAUGAAGCAGAUGCAGCGCAACAUGCAGCUCCAGCCUCCUGGAUCCGAGAAGCCUCCUCUCUCGCCUCUUCGCGAGAAGGCCCCGCUGUCGCCUGCCCUUCCGAAGUCGCCGCACUCGCCGCGCGACAACAGUCUCGACCGGCAGCGCAGCCCGCGCAACGGCCCGUUCAUCCCUCCGCGCUCCGAGGCACGCCGCUCGGGCACGGAGCAGGACUCGAAGCUCGCCGAAAUCCUGACGACGGACUCGCCGCAGCCUGCGGAGCACAUGCGCUCAGAGAGUGUCUCGUCCUGCGGUACGGCGUACGACCGCUACGAGCCCUUCCGCAAGACGUCCAUCGAGAGCGUCGCGCCGUCGAUUUACGAUGUCGAGAUGGCGCGUUCGAACGCCGUCUCGCUCUGCUCGCGCACGGGCUCCAUGGUCCAGCUCGAGGACACCAAGGACGGCCAGAAGCACCGCUGUUCCGGUUGCGGUCGUCAUGGCGCCGAGAAGCUCUGGAUCGACGAGGGCGACUACGCUGCCGCCCACAUUCUGUCCGAGAACGCGCAUAUCGGCCGUCCCAAGCUGGCGUCCAUUGUUCAGGAGGAGCUCGAGCGCGCCGAGGGAGCUACCAUCAUCGGCAACUGUGGCCCCGUCCUCCUCAACACCUCCCUCAGGAACAUCGUCAGCAAGAGCAUCGACGCCGUUGCCAUCGCUCGCGGAGACCGCCGCGGUCACGUCACCAUCUACUCGGAGGACUUCGAGAUGUAA